GCGUUCAUGACGUCACAUGUGCAGAGCCAGGCGAACAGGCAAAGAUGGCUUCGUCGGCUUGGCUGCGUGGUCCGUCCGCGCCGCGGUUAACGGAGGGUUUGGUGUCGGUGCUGAAGGAGCAGAGACCGGAGUACCUACCGGCGCUGCUGUCCAGCUACAGGGAACAUGGCGUCUUCACGGCGCAGGGCGCGAGCGCUGCGGGAGGUCUCGUGGGGUUCAGUAAUGCCAAACUGGGCUCGAGCAAGACCAGGUUUGAGGGUCUGUGUCUGCUCUCCAUGCUGGUUAAAGACAGCUCCAGUGAUGUGUUCCAGCAGCACUGUCUGUCCUGGCUGCGCUCGCUGCAGCAGGUCAUACAGUCUCAGGCUCCGGUUCAGACCAUCCAGCUGGCCGUGAACAUCCUGAAGGACCUGCUGCAGUACUCGUCUCAGCUGGCUGAACUCGCCCGAGAGGUGGGCCUUAACUCCAUCCUUGGCAUCCUGACGUCUUUGCUGGGCCUGAAGACGGAGUGUGAGCUGGCAGCCAUGGAGGGGAUGACGGCCUGUAUGACCUUUUACCCUCGUGCCUGUGGAUCCCUCAGGGACAAACUGGGGGCGUAUUUCCUCUCCAAAAUGGACAACAGCAACAAGAAAACAUGCGAGAUGGCGUGUCAGUGUUACGGCCGGCUGCCGUGCCUCGGAGGUCUGUUGGACAGGGGGGUGGGUGCUGGUAGAGCUGAGGGCUGGACCAAUCAGAUUCACUGUCUGCUGGCCUCAGCCAAUGGGCUGCUUGGUCAGCUCUACCAGGGAGCAGAGACAGACGGGACGCUGCAGUACGAGGGUCCGGGGGUGGAGCUGGCCUUUCCUCCUCUUGACCAAUCAGAUCCUCUGUUCCUGCUGCAGCUUCAGCAAAGAUACACAGCUGUCUGCACGGCUCUCAAACACACACUCAGGGUGGAUCCGUCCUCAGCCGUACGUCUUCCUGUCAGACCAAUCCUCAACCUGCUGUGUCGAGCCCUCGCUGUCAGCUCCAAGAGCAUCAAUCUGACAGGUGACGGCAGUGUGAGGUUGCUGGUCCUGCCCGUCGUUCACACACACACUCUGGAGGUCCUGUUGGCUCUCAUCACAGUUGUCCGCAGUGGUAUGGUUCAGUACUCUGCCGUGUUACAGAGGCUCUUCUCUCAGACUCUGUCGGCCUGGACACCUUUACCUGAGAGCAGUCUGGGGCAGCAGCGAGCGUUCAGCUCAGUUCGGGUCACGGUCUACAGAACCUUGGAGCUGUGGUUACAGGUGGGCGGAGCCUCUGCCGGCGUCCUGCAGGGGAGCCCGGGUCACUCCGAGAUGCUGUUUGGUCAGCUGCUCAGUGACAUCACACCGGGGGCGGAAUCUGUCAAGCUGCGGGCCGGUCUGUCAGCUGAUGCGGUUCCUGGAGGGAAGCCGGGCCCUCGGAGGACUAAGACUUUAGUGAUGGCGGACUCUGUGGGUCCGUCCCUGCAGAGGAAAGGAGACCUGCUGGCCAAUCAGGACACGUGUCUGUCAGCGCUCAGAGCUCUGAGACAAAUCCUCCUGACCAGCGGCACGCUGCUGAAGGACGACAUCCACAAGCGUCUCCACGAGGUCGUCCUCCCUCUGUGUGUGCGUCUGCAGCAGCAACAGUCCAGCUGCAGUACCUCCUGUGAGUCUGCAGGGGGCGUCAGCGGGCAGUACAGCAGCGCGCUCAGCCGGAGGGAACUGUACAGGUUGCUGCUGGCUCUGGUUCUGGUCCCGUCCCCCUGCUGGCCUCCUCCUCUCACCUGUGCCGUCUCCAUCCUCAGCAGCGGGCGCACGGACAGAAACAUCAAGGUGUCUUCGUUCUGCACCGAGGCUCUGACCGUAUGCAACGCCCUCCUUCACCCCCGUGUUUCCCCCAUCUCCCUCCCCCUACCCCCCCUCACCCUAAAGCCCACCCCCUCCGCUCCGGUCCUCUCCUCCGCACAGGGAACUGGACUCACUCUGCCCACCCUCCUCGGAGGCCCCGCCCCUGGCACCCCCUUCCCCUCCCGUCACUCACUUGGUCUAGCCCCCGCCUCCCUGCUGGGCUCUCUGGAGAACCAUCUCUCUCUGGUCCCUGGUCUGCCGGGUCAGGCCCCCGCCGACAUGAUCCUGACCCCACACGCACACCAUCAGCAGGACCCCCCUGGGCUGGGCCCCCCCGAGGGCCAGCGACCCGUGUUUGUGCGCUACGAUCGCGAGGAAGCGGAGGAUGUUGAGAUUUCUUUGGCGAGUGACUCUGAUGACAGCGUGGUCAUCGUCCCCCCCGGAAUGCUCAACAUGGAGGCGCAGCAAGAGGACCCGGGAAUGGGUAACCCUCCCAGCCUAGUCUCUGCUGCGCCAGGGGGCACUACAGUCUCUCUACCAGGGGCUGACACUGUCACCACGGCAACAACAUCCACCAUCGACGGGGUGUCCCUCCCCAACAACCACGCCACCUCCUCCCCACUCCUCACAACCUCCACCACCCCAAUCAACUCCUUCCCACCAUCCAGCACCUCCGUGGUCUCCCUGGUGCCCCCCCACAACUCCAGCUCGCUCACAGCGCCCCCAGGUGUCCUGGAGGAGUCGUUGCCAGGGCGACAGCUGCAGCAGAUGCUGAUGCAGCCGUCUGGUCAGCCCGGCCCCCUCCCUCUGCCGCUCCAGAUGCACCAGCUUCAGAACCAGCUGAGUGCACAGGGACGCCUCCUCCACCCACACCAAGCCCCGCCCCCGAGCAAUGAAGACUCCGGCGUCAUUAACAUCAACAGCACGGAUGAGGAGGAGGAGGAGGAAGAGGAGGACAUGGAGGACGACGAGGAGCUGGACGAGGAGGAGGAAGAGGGGAUGGACGAGGAGGAUGAGGAGUUUUACGAAGAAGAUGAGUACGAGGAUUACGAUGAAGAGGAGGGGGAGGAGCUGGAGGAAGAGGAGGAAGAGGAGGAUGGAGAAAUUCCUCCUCUGGAAGGAGCAGAGGAGAAGGCGGAGGAAGGGAAAGUGCUGCGUGCGGCGGUGGAUGAAGGUGGGAUGGCGGGGUUCAGCGUGGAGGGGGAGGAGGAAGGAGGCAUCGAGGAGAUCCAGACCAACAGAUCGGUGUUCGGGGAGGACAGGAUGAAAGUGCAGGAGGUGGAGAGCAUUGGCGUCCUGGAGGAGGCGCGGGAGGCGGAGGCAGAGGAGGACGAGAGCGAGAGGAUGGACGACCCCACCAUGCCUCAGAUCCUGUGUGUAACCGGAGGAGCCAUGGAGGAGAGGGAGGAGCCUGAGGAGGAGGAAGAAGGAGCAGGAGGGAGAGCAGAGGAAGGAGGAGGAGGAGGAAGGCUGCAGGAAGAGGCGGGGCUGUGGCAGGGAGCAGCCAAUGAGAUCGAGCCAUCAGCUGUCUCAGAAGAAAGCUCAGCCAAUAAGAAUCAAGAGCAGGAGUCAGGAGCUGCGGAGGAGGAGGUGACGGGGAGUGAAGAUCCCACCUCCAGCCUGCAGGAGGAGCUACAACCAGCGCUUCAAGAACAAGAGUCUGCAGCAGCCAAUCCUGAAACAUCCACAGAUCCUAAACUGCCAGGAGGAGAAGAGACGGAGGCUGAGAGAGGAGAGACAGAAGGAGCUGAGGAGGCAAGAGGAGGAGAGAGUGAAGGAGAGGAGGGGAAGGGAGUGAAGAGGAAGAGGGAGGGCGAGCAGAAGGAGGAAGAGGCGGGACAAGGCUCAGAGAAGAAAAAGAUGGACGAGGAGUCGAUGGCGUCCAUGUUGGCUGAUUUCGUCGCCUGUCCUCCUGACGAUGAGGACGGAGCGUCUGGAUCAAACCGCUCAUAGACUUGAACUGAUGUUGUCGAGGUUACCAUAGAGACUGUAUCAUUAGAGACGUUGCCUCCUCGCCACGUCCUCCAUCAUGGUUGAACGCUCUCAGUGUUCACGUCGCUUCUGUUGAGACAUGAGGCGUCUUUGUGAGUGACGUUCCAUCGAGCAGCUUAAUAAAGGUAAAAGUAGAGUUAGGUUUAAUAAAAAAGAAGACUCCUCCCACAGUCCAGCUGACUCAGUUUGUGUAAAGUCUUAUUUGUACCUUUCAUUAUUUUUGUUUCAUCACUGAUUUCAAAAGUAAAAUCAUCAAACACGAGUGAAAACAUGAAA